AUGGAAUCAGAACUAUUAUCACAAGACUAUGAAAAGCACAAACCAGUUCUUUUAGGGCACCCCGCAGACAUAGACUUGUCCGAUAGCAUCCAACUUGUGUACGCAUCUUCAAAAAAGAACAGCUUCAACCUCUACACGGAUGGAUCGAAAACAGAGCGAGGCGCCGGUAGUGCAUUUUGCGCUUUACAAGGGGAGACUAUUAUUAAAACAUGGAAAAGAAGACUAGAUAUUAGAAAUACAGUCUUUCAGACAGAGGUUGCAGCGCUAAAAGCAGCAAUUAAAUUUGCAGUUUACUCACUUAGAUUCAGAGCAACAAUCUUCAGUGACUCGGCCUCUAGCCUGGCAGCGAUUAGAGGAAAUAAAAGGAGGAGCUCUUAUGUACAAGAGCUCAAAAAAAUUCUUUUGCAUUGCUCUCCCUCCUUACGUCCACACUUGGUCUGGGUCCCAGCUCAUGAGGGCAUCACAGGCAAUGAAAAGGCAGAUGAGCUUGCCAAAUCGGCAGCAAAUGAUAAAAGCCUGAGAGAAUAUCCUGUGAAACUCCCAACCUCUUAUCUCAAGAGAAGUACUCUUGAAAAUGUAUUAUGCCAGUGGCAGGAAAGGUGGGACUCAGCACCCACGGGUAGAAGGACCCUACUCCUUUUUUUCCAAAAGUGGGAACUGUAG